AUGCCCGCAUACGCGGAGAUCCAUCCCUCCCACCGCUACACAUCUCCGUCUUCAGCAUCUAAAUGGAUCGUGAAGAAUGAAUAUCCUUAUUUUCCAGGAAUAUCCGCGAGGAAAUCCGUUGCCAUGAAACCCACAAGUGUCACCGAGCUAAGGAAAAAUCCGGCACUAGCUGUGGAGCUAACUACCCAAAUGACCCACUUCCUGAUUUGUGGUACUUCUCCAGGCUCCUACAAAACUCAGCCGAAGACGUUAACCAAACUUAAGAAUCAGUUUCCCACUAUGACACUCCCUAGGCAAUCCACACGUAUUUUCCUCGCCGAGCGUCCCAAGGGACCGAUUUCUGACCGCACAUUCAAGCUUGAGACUACCAAUCUCCCGACUCCCGCUGCAGAUCAAGUUGUGGUUCGAGUAGAUUAUGUUUCUCUAGAUCCUGCAGAAAGGGAAUGGGUUGACGAUACGCGGUCGUAUUUCCCUCCCGUACAAAUUGGCGAGACUAUGCGAGCGGUGGCGAUUGGAACUGUUGUACAAGGAAACGAUCAGCUAAAAGAAGGAGAUACCGUUCAUGGUUUCUUGGGCUGGACAGAAUAUGUCGUCGCUCCAGCAAAGGAUCUCCGAAAAAUAUCUCCCCCGGAAGGCGCAACCUUGAUCGAUUUCCUUGGCCCCCUUGGCUUGAACGGGAUAACUGCCUAUUUUGGACUGUUGGACAUAGGCAAGAUCAAAGCUGGAGAGACGCUCGUCGUGUCCGGUGCUGCCGGCGCAACAGGAUCUCUAGCAUGCCAAAUUGGCAAAAUCAAGGGCGCCCGAGUCAUCGGACUCGCAUCGACAUCAAAGUGCUCUUACCUGGUGGACCAACUCGGAGUCGACGCCGCGCUCGACUACACGUCUCCAACAUUUGUAAAAGAUUUCUGCGAGACGGUCGGGUAUCUUGAUGUGUUUUUUGAUAAUGUCGGUGGCGAGAUUUUAGAUCUGGUGCUGAGCAGACUCAAGCCGUAUGCUCGCGUUGUGUUGUCUGGUGCCAUCUCGACGUAUAAUUCGGGUGGACAACACCAUGGGAUCAAGAAUUAUACUCAACUCAUCUUUCAAAAGGUCAAAAUGGAGGGGUUUAUCUGUGUUGAUUAUGUUGAUCGUUUCGCCGAGGCAGAGGCGGAAAUCACCAGAUGGAUGAAUGAGGGCAAGUUGACGUACAGGUAUCACGUCGAGGAAGGUCUAGAGCGGUGUCCCGGGUAUUUUGGGCUGCUGUUCACCGGCGGUAAUCGAGGAAAGUUGUGA